AGUUUGGGCAAUCAAGAAAGCUCUGCACAGCUGAACUGGUGACCAGAAAGCAGAGUUGUUAGCAGGGACCACUUAGUCGGGGGUACUGUUUUUUUAUCGAGUUCCAGUGACUAGAGACAACCUUUUGGCUCUGUGACACCUAAUAAACUAGUUGCUAGCCAGCCAGUAGCCCUCUAAAAGCAGAACGUCGUGUGUGAGAGCUGCUGCCUGAGCAGCCUCAACGAUAACCUGUCAGCUAGCCUUCUAGCAGUAACUCGUAGCACAUAUCUCACGUAUUUAUCACCAUGGGGUCCAGAGCGUCGUCGUUACUUCGAGAGGAGGACAUCGAAGAAAUAAAAAAGGAGACUGGAUUCUCCCACAGUCAGAUCACUCGUCUCUACAGCCGAUUCCACAGCCUAGACAAAGGAGAGAAUGGAGCACUCAGUCGAGAAGACUUCCAAAGGAUCCCAGAGCUGGCAAUCAAUCCAUUAGGAGACCGCAUUAUCAAUGCCUUCUUUCCAGAGGGCGAGGACCAGGUGAACUUCCGCGGCUUCAUGCGAACGUUGGCUCACUUCCGCCCGGUGGAGGACAACGAGAAGAACAAGGACCCAGACGCCGGGGAGCCACUGAACAGCAGGAACAACAAGCUGCUCUUUGCCUUCCGGUUGUACGAUUUGGACAGGGAUGACAAAAUCUCCAGAGAUGAGCUCUUGCAGGUUCUAAGGAUGAUGGUGGGCGUCAACAUCUCAGAUGAGCAGCUGGGCAGCAUCGCUGACAGGACUAUUCAGGAGGCUGACACCAACGGGGACAGCUGCAUUUCCUUCAGCGAGUUCAUCAAGGCCUUGGAGAAGGUGGACGUAGAACAGAAGAUGAGCAUCCGAUUCCUGCACUGAGAGAUGAGGACUGGUGAGUGGAUCAGAUUGGAAUCGGAUUGGAUUUGAUCAGACCUCUUCCCAACAAUAGCUGAGAAACAACGGACAGACGCCUAAGUCCCCCUCCUUAAACUACUCCAUCUGAACGUGCGGGGUUUGCCCUGCUGCCCUGCAGAACAUGUAUGCUUCCUGAUCGUCUGGUAGCUAGACACAUUAUCAGUUCCGCAUUGCAUCGUAGCCAUUGCUCACCAAGACUGUCUCUGCCUUGCACUGCUGUGUGUGUGUGUGUAUGUGUCCGUGGAUGUAUGAGUGUCAAACAAAGGGAUACUUGCGUGCCUUGGAAUUUCAUUACCAUGGCGAUGCCGCGCCACACCUUCCCAUCCCAUAUGACCCUUAUUUAUUGUGAUCGUAGAUGUUCUCCCUGCCAGUCAUGGGUAAUUAUGUAAGUGGUCCGAGCAGUGAAGAGUAUCUCACAUAAGCCUUCUCCGCUUUAAUCAAAAAGAAAUAUUCAAAAGCUUCUACAUGUGUGUGCCACCAUCAACAUUGUGGCAGGUGUUGUGCAGUCAGUGUGACGUCUUUGUUUUUUUUUUG